AUGCCUGGUGGGGCAGCUAGCGACAGGUACAGCAGGAGCACCACCAGCAUUGCUAACUGCGGCCUAGCUAUCAUGUCUCUGCCAGGCAAUUUUCUUUGGGGCUUUGCCACGGCCUCGUACCAGAUCGAGGGCGCCCCAGAUGAGGAUGGCCGAGGCCCGUCCAUCUGGGACACGUUUUGCGAGAUCCCGGGAAAGAUUGCAGACGGCAGCUCGGGAGCAAUUGCUUGUGACUCGUACCGCCGAUGGCAGGACGACGUGGCACUGCUGAAGUCACUGGGAGCGCAGGUGUACCGCUUCUCCAUCUCCUGGUCGCGGGUGAUACCGCUUGGAGGUCGCAACGACCCGGUCAACCACGCAGGUCUCGACCACUACGUGCGACUUGUAGAUGCAUUGCUGGAGGCUGGGAUCACGCCUUUCAUCACGCUGUUCCAUUGGGAUCUCCCGGACGGGCUCGAGAAGCGAUACGGCGGGCUGUUGAGCCACGACGAGUUUCCGCUGGACUUUGAGCACUAUGCACGAACGGUGUUUGCGGCGAUUCCCAAGUGCAAGCACUGGAUCACGUUCAACGAGCCGUGGUGCUCGUCGAUCCUGGGCUACAGUCUGGGGGUGUUUGCGCCCGGACGCACGUCGGACCGCAGCAGGUCAGCUGUGGGCGACAGUGCGCACGAACCGUGGCUGGUGGGCCACAACCUGCUGGUGGCACACGGACGGGCAGUGCGAGCAUACCGUGACGACUUCAAGACGGCCAGCCCGGACGGCGAGAUCGGAAUCACGCUCAACGGCGACGCGACGUAUCCGUGGGACCCGGAAGACGGCGAGGACGUGGCGGCAGCACAGCGCAAGCUCGAGUUUUCGAUUGCAUGGUUUGCCGACCCCAUCUACUUUGGGCACUACCCGGAAUCGAUGCGGGCGCAGCUGGGCGACCGACUGCCGAGCUUCACGGAAGCAGAGCGGCAGCUGGUGCAGGGCUCCAACGACUUUUACGGCAUGAACCACUACACGGCCGACUAUGUGCGGCACCGGCCGGGAAGCCCGGCGGUAGAGGACUUUGUAGGCCACCUCGAGACGCUGCCGGUGUCGAGGGCGGGCGAGUGGAUUGGACCAGAGACGCAGUCGACAUGGCUGCGACCGAACCCGGGCGGUUUCCGUACGUUGCUGGGCUGGAUCAGCCGGCGGUACGGGCGACCAAGGGUGUACGUGACGGAGAACGGGACGAGCAUCAAGGGCGAAAACAGUCUGCCGACGGCUGAGGUGACCGACGACGUCUUCCGGGUGCGGUACUUUGACGAAUAUGUGCACGCCAUGGCCGAAGCGGUGCGCGACGACGGCGUGGACGUGCGCGGCUACAUGGCCUGGUCACUGCUGGACAACUUCGAGUGGGCCGAAGGGUACGAGACCCGGUUUGGCGUCACAUAUGUCGACUAUGCUGGCGGCCAGCAGCGGCAUCCAAAGAAGAGCGCGCUCGCGAUGAAGGCGCUGUUUGCCAGUUUGGUGGAGCACAACCAGAUACCCCAGACUUACUCCGCACCAGCAGUGGAGUAA